UCCUAACAGGGGUUCUAUGUAUUACAAAUAAAUUAAGGGGUGAAAUGUAGAUAAGAAUUAUAGCCGGUGUCUCUUUUUUUUUUCCUACACGUUUUUAGUUUUUAGGAGAAUCUUGAAUCUGUUGCUCAAAAAAAAAAAAGGAGAAUCUUGAAUCUUCUAGAGUCACUCGCUUGUAAAGAGAUAUGGCGGGAGCUGCUUCCACCUCCGAUCUACCGUUAAAAAUCAUAACCGGAGCUGAUGCGUUCGGAGCAAGCCUCAAGGACGCGAUGGUCUCCCACCUCCGCUCCCUCGGCAUAGCCGUGGAGGAUACCGGCGUGUCGUCAUACUACUCCGCCGGAUCCGAAGUCGGCCGCCGCGUCUCCUCCGCAUCAUCUUCCUCCUCCGAAAUCCGCGGCUUGGUAUGCUGCGGCACCGGCGUCGGAGUCGCGAUGUUCGCCAACAAGUUCCCGGGAGUCUACGCCGCCACGUGUCUCACCGUCGAAGACGCCGUUAACGCUAGAUCGAUCAGCGACUGCAACGUCCUCGCGCUCUCCGGCGCGAAAACCUCCCCGGAAACCGCCGUGGAGAUCUUCGACGCGUGGAUCGGAACUCCGUUCAAAUCCCCGUGUCCUGCCUCCGGAUCGGAGCCGUGGAGCUCCGAGAUCUCCUCCUUCCUCGACGAUUCCCUCUCCGAGAUGGCUCAAAUCGGAAAAUCAACCGAUCAUCUUAGUCCGACUAAACCAGAAUCCGAUUCAUGCGCGAUUUGCUGCUUGGCCAAGAACAGAGAGUUCACUCCGGUUGAGAUAAUGCCUGGAGGGUCGAUGAAGAUCGUUAGGGAGACUCCGACGUCGGCCAUCGUGAGGUUUAAAGCGGGGAGUGUGGAGCCGGCGCACCACCACACGUUUGGUCAUGAUCUUGUAGUCAUCAAAGGGAAGAAGAGCGUGUGGAAUUUGAGUAAGAGUGAGCGAGCUGAUCUCGUUGAGGGAGAUUAUCUAUUCACUCCGGCUGGUGACGUGCACAGAGUGAAGUAUCAUGAAGACACUGAGUUCUUUAUAACUUGGGAUGGCCAUUGGGAUAUCUUCCUUGACGAAGAUCUCGAGACUGGAAAGAAAGCUAUAGAAGAAGAAGCUUCUUGAAGAAGCUUUGCCCCUUAUG